AUGGAAACCAUUCUCUCUCCCCACUCUCUCUCUCCUCUCCUCAACCCUAAACCUUCUUCUUCCAAGAAUCUUUCCCCCUAUUCCUUCCAACCCAGAUCAAAUAUUGUUUCUCUCUCCAAGCCCAUUUCACUCUCUCUCAAAACCCCUUCUCCGAAGUCUCUCCGAUCAUCUCUCCCAGUUCCUUCGACUUGGUUCUCUCAUCUCCAACAUGGGCUGGCGGCGGUAGCGAUUUCUUUGGCGCUUAACUUUUCCCCAUUGUUGGCCGGCCACAAUGCCCUAGCGUCUGAAUUUGAUGUGCUCAAUGAUGGGCCGCCGAAGGAAUCGCAUGUGGUGGACGAUGCUGGAGUUCUCAGUCGGGUUACGAAGUCGGAUUUGAAAAGGCUGUUGACGGAUUUGGAGAUGAGGAAGAAUUUUCAUAUCGAUUUCGUCACUGUUAGAAAGCUCACUAUUGUUACUUAUGUGACUGCAGUCUUAGCUACUGAUGAAAAAUAUAAUGAAGCCAUAUAUAGCAGUGCUAAGCGGUUAGUUGCUGCCAUUGAUGGCCUUCCAGAUCCGGGUGGUCCUUCAUUUAAGGAUAAUAAGCGCGAAUCAAACUUCAAAACAAGGGAAGAGACGGAGGAGAAACGAGGACAGUUUACUCUUGUAGUUGGAGGUUUGUUAGUCAUAGCCUUUGUUGUUCCUAUGGCUCAGUAUUAUGCUUAUGUAUCCAAGAAGUAA